CAUGGCACCGCCUGAGAUCACUGCUCAAUCUGCAAGCGAUCAGGAAGACUCAGUCUGUAGCGGAGCGUCUAGCGGUCGAGCGGCACCAGCAGCGAGUAAUCAAUUGUUAGCUCCUCCACCCAGAACGUCAAGCCUGUCCUCCUCUACCGCGUCACCUCAUGUGCCUAUAAAGCAACGAAGACCUCGCGCUCCUCCAACACUCAACUUAACUCUAGAUCUUUCGGUAACUGAUGCACUCGUCAAUCCUUUUGUGAGUACUCCCGGGAGGCCGGAUAGUCCUACUACAAAGAUCAAUCCUACAACCAGAGUGGCCAUUCCUUCCCCUAGACGUCUUUCAACCUUGUCUCAAAUGCGCCAAAACCUACAAGAGUCAAAUUAUCAGAAACCUACCAGGCCUUCAUCCUUGCCCUGGAAAGGACUGACUGAUAAGUCAAAACCGGCAAAAUUUCACUAUGGAGUCUAUGGCAAUUAUACUAAUUAUUAUUAUGUUGAUCCUACCGGGUAUCGGAUAGCACCCAAAGCAACUCCAGAGAAGACACCGUCCUCUCUAGCGUCAUCCUCUUCAACGUCUUGUCCAGAAGUUGAAAUACUCAGGAAGACAUCCGUUGUUAAGUUCGCUGACGAUGUAAAAAUUUUACACGGGGAUAAUGUUCGAGAAACCACUUCUGACGUAACCCUUUCUACUCGUAUUAUCCCUGUAACGACAGCGUUAACUAAAAGUCUAUCCGAACCACCAUUAGCCGAACUAAGGAAUGACUGUUCACUCCCCUUAACACAGUCCUUCGCUACAACGUCAGAAGAGAGCGGCACCGAAGGAAAUUUAUGCCGUUUUAGUCAUACUGGUGCUCAUGCUCUGGACGUGUUUGUAUCGCCAGAUGAACCUCUAAGUCCAACUGGCCCACUUUGGCGUCCUGUAGCAGCAGGUCUAAGUCCCACUCUCUUACCUGAUACGAGUAUAGUCCGAGACUAUUCUGACGAUGAAGAAGUAGAUAACCUUUUGAGUAACCGUCCUUGCAAGAACAAAGUUAGACGUCGUUUGAAAACGAAUGAUAGCGACACAUUAGACAGUGAGAAACCUAUGGCGAAUGUUAGUUCGGCUAAAGUUCACCCUCUUGCUUUAUUUGGCAAAUUACCAGUCUUAGCUCUUCUUCCUGGUACAACAACUGGCUCUGGACAGUCCAGUGAUGAAGGAAGAGCAUCGCCUAAACUAAUACAUGGACAAAAAUCAAGAAGAAAGACGGGUCGCUGGCGACACGGUAUCGCACAGUUGCUCAAACGGCACAUGCAUGCAGCGACGCCUUCUAUUUCCAAUGACAUACGAAAUAAACAGUCGAAUGGCGAUUCACUUAGCGUUCAACCACCAUCACCACCAUCAUCUUGUCCGUCGCCUGUGCUUUUAACGCCUUGUUCGUCACCGACUGGACGUUUGGCCGGACCGAGUAGACGAUCCGAUUUGUCAUCGGACGACGGAGGACAAGCUGCGUGCUAA